AUGAAUAACGACAACAUCAGCAAGUAUGGCAAGUCUGCCAACGGCAUCGACGCGGAUACCUCCGCUUUGGAAGCCACGGCUUCCAAUGCCGAAGGGACCUUUGUAGAGACAAACCAACUGAAGCGGGAGUUCAAAGAGCGCCAUGUGUCCAUGAUCGCCGUUGCUGGAGCCAUUGGCACUGGACUCAUCAUUGGUUCAGGUACAGGCCUGGUCAGGGGCGGACCUGCGAGCCUUUUGCUCGCAUACUCCAUUAUUGGUGCCGUGGUCUUCUUCAUCAUGACAGCAGUGGGAGAGAUGUCAACGAUGCUGCCGUCGGACAAGGGAUUCGCCGGAUAUGCAACUAGAUUUGUUGAUCCAGCUUUGGGGUACGCCACAGGCUGGAAUUACUUUCUCAAAUACGCGAUUGUCCUUCCCAACAACCUUACAGCCGCCGGCAUCAUCAUACAAUACUGGCGCCCUGACCUCGAAGUUGCCAUAUUUGUGACAACCUUUACCGUAGCAAUUAUUGCUGUCAACGUCCUCCACGUAUCUUUCUUUGGCGAGGCGGAAUUUUGGAUGUCGACCGUCAAAUUACUCGUCAUCAUCAUGCUCAUCCUGACCUGUUUCAUCAUCUCCGUGGGCGGCCAGCCCUCCGGCGAAGUGAUCGGCUUCAAAUAUUGGCAAGACCCAGGUGCCUUUGGACAGUACCUCGUCGACGGGCCGACUGGCCGCUUCCUCGGAUUCUGGGCUGCCAUGGUGCAGGCUUGCUUCGCCUACACUGGCACCGAGGUCGUUGGUGUUGCCUUUGGCGAGGCGCUGAACCCGCGCAAGACGAUACGAAAAGCAGUCCGUCAGACACUGUGGCGAAUCGUCUUCUUCUAUGUCCUGGGCGCGGUCGUGCUUGGUAUGUCGGUGCCCUACACGAAUGACCUGCUCAUCGGCGGGACGAAGAAGAGCACGGGUGCCGCUGCAAGCCCCUUCGUCAUUGCAGUGCAGAUCGCAAAUAUUCCCGUCUUCCCCCAUGUUGUUAACGGAUGUCUCUUGAUUUUCGUCAUCAGCGCCGCGAACUCUGACAUCUAUAUUGGGUCUCGCACACUGUUUGGAUUAGCGCGAGAUGGUCAAGCCCCCAAGGUCUUCACAAGAACCUCCAAAAAGGGCGUCCCACUCUAUGGAGUUGCUUUCACCGGCUGUUUUGCAACCCUGGCGUACAUGAACGCCGCUAAGAACUCUUCUCAAGUCUUUGGCUACCUUGUCAGUUUGGUCACUGUAUUUGGUACACUGAACUGGGUCAGUAUCCUCAUCAGCUACAUUAAUUUCACUCGUGGAAUGAAAGCACAGGGUAUUCCAAGGAUCUUGAUGCCGUAUCGGGGACCGCUUCAACCGUACGGGUCUUAUUUUGCACUGGGUAUCACAAUGCUCGUCAUCUUCUUCAAUGGUUACAAUGCCUUCAUUCCCGACUUUACUGUGUCAACUUUCAUGACUUCGUACAUCGGCAUUGCCAUCUACUUGGUGAACAUUCUUAGCUACAAGGUGUAUGCCAAGACAAAGAAAGUAGAGCUUUCCACCAUGGAUCUCGUCACCAACAGACUUGAAGAUGAUGGAAGCAAAUAUCCCAGUACUUUAGAGAAAGGUGUCUUGUGGAUGAUGCGUCGGUAUUAA